UAUAGGCAGCAUCCCUUCCAGCGUAUGCAUUCAGUCUCACAGCUGCCCCAUAAGACACCAAGCCGCAGCUGCGCUGAUCACUGAUCCAAGGUGAACCCUCGCACAGACACAAACACGCGCGCGCGCUAACACCCACGCACUCACUCACACCGCCGCCGGAUCUUUUGCUGGGAAUAGAGGCGCACACUGUCCGAGACGCAAUGUUGGUCAAGCUGGCCGUUGCGCUGCUGGUUUUGUCAGUGCUGGAGCAAGUAGUGGGAUCGGAUAAUAUUGAUAUUCACGACAGUCCGCCGGAGAAGCCUGCGAGCCAGAAAGGACGCCUCUCUCUGCAGAAUACAGCUGAGAUCCAGCACUGCCUGGUGAGUGCAGGAGAUGUCGGCUGUGGUGUGUUUGAAUGCUUUGAGAAUAACUCCUGCGAGAUACGAGGGCUCCAGGAAAUCUGCAUGACGUUCCUGCACAACGCUGGCAAAUUUGACUCUCAGGGCAAGUCCUUUAUCAAGGAUGCUCUGCGAUGUAUGGCACACGGUAUUCGGCACAAAUUUAGCUGCAUCAGCAGAAAGUGUGUGUCCAUUAAGGAGAUGGUGUUCCAGCUUCAGAGAGAGUGCUACAUCAAACACAACCUGUGCUCUGCUGCUAAAGAGAAUGUGGCUGUGAUGGUGGAGAUGAUCCAUUUCCAAGAUCUUUUUCCUAAAGGUCCAUAUGUGGAGCUGGUGAAUAUUCUCCUGAGCUGCGGAGAGGAAGUGAAGGAGGUGCUGACGAGGAGUGUCCGACUGCAGUGUGAGCAGAACUGGGGGGCUCUGUGUGACAGCCUGAGCCUUUGCUCCUCCCUCGCCCCGUCCCCUGCCAGCUCCGCCAACGAGCACCGCCGCCACCCUUUGCCUUCCCACCUUGAGCCGGAGCACCCUCGCUCUUCGCGGCAAGGUGAAAAGGACAAAGCCGGCAAGGUGGGCUUCAGCACUCACUCACGUAACCGCAGCCCGGGAUCCCGCCGCCACAAUACAGAAGCCGGAGUGGUGGCCGGGCAGGAAGACCCCAAGGCCACCGACAUCCGGAGGUGAAAGCUCAAGAGACCUUUGACCCCCCCCUUGCUCUCUCUCUCUCUCACACCCACACCCUUCAACAUUUAAAGCCACACUUGCAGACUUAUGCACACCUCCACUUGAUCACACACACAGACACACGUCUCCACACAUGCACAAAUUCCCAGACAGAUGGAGCAGAAGGAAGCAAGCCCUGACCUUUCCUGUUCUUCUUCCGUCUCUCCAGUCAUUCCAGCAGUCCCUCAUGGUAAACUUGCAGGGUAAUUGUGGUGUAGCUCGAACUGUUAUGCCAGACUGUAGGCCACAUUUUUUCUUUUUUAAUUCAAUGACAACUGUUAUUAUCAUAUCAUUAUUUCAACUGUUAGGACUGUUUUGGCUCUAAUAUAGCAUUUCUCAUAUCACACUUAUUGUAAGAUUUGAUUAUAUUUGUAUUAUUUAUUUUAUUCUUCAUGCAAUGUUGAAAUAUCAAAAUGUAUAUAGAAAUAUACUUAUCUAUAUUUAUAUGAACAUGUAUAAAUAUAGUUACAAUAUGCAUUACUGAUAUUCUAAAGACAUAGUAUAUGAUUAGCUGUCUGUUGUUCUCUUCUCAGCAUUGCACCAUUACACAUUGGUCUGUAGAUAUGUAACAUACACCAUUUGCUGUUUCAAAGUGGGAAUGUGUAUUAUAAAUAUAGAUACUUGAUGAUUAAAUACAAACUGUACAGGUUUUGUCCAGUUCUGGCACAUAUAAAUCUUAGUGCAUGGUGGCUGAAAAGCCAACAAACUUGUGCUGUCUAAAAGUGAAAGUCCACUCUAAAGAGGACGUACAUGUAAAACUAUGAAUAUGAACAAUUACAUCACACUCAUGUAUAUAGAUGUGUCUCUUGUAAAACUAGAAAUAAGAGCGCCAAGACGGAUCUCCGAUGUCAUCAGUGCUGCUGUAUUUGGCGGCACCGAAUGGGAGCUAAAAGAGCAGAUUCCAUUAUUUUGGAUAUAUUCUUAACGUAGCAUUUUUCUCUUUCGUUGUUAACAAAGCUUCGAAAGCUGAAUCUCUGAGAUACCAGAGAUUGUUGUCAGGUGUUCAGCUUCAAGAGAUGUUGCUGUUCACAAAUUGAAAUCAAACUGUCAAAUGUAAAACGUUCUCUUUGAGUUGGUUUUCCACUCAAUUGUCAACGACCAUUAAUGUGCAGCCAAGAGAAGAGGGUUUAGUUUGAAAUGUAAAAAAAAUGAUAAUAAUUCACAAAACAACAAGGUGCCUAAACUUGUUAAUGUCCACAGUGACCGCUUCUCUGUGAUUUAAGUGAAUGGACGAUUCUUUGUCAGGGGAAGAUUUAAAGUUGAGCUAUUUUUAUGAUGGUGUUGAGCUACAAAAGUCUUAGAUUUUGCACUUUGGAUGAUUCUUAGUUUGUGUUGGACUGCUGCAGCUUGAGAAAGAAGACCAUUUUACCAGAGUAAUCACCCUCUAAUCAGAGGCUAUAUUUCAUUUGAGCAACCUGGUUUUCCUUAUCAAAGACUGCAUCCCCACAUGGCUCCUUAGGACCAGAUUUGAGCCCCUUUCUUCAUCCAAGCCAUGCUGCCCUUGUCUGGGGUCCCAGCAGGCAGGAAAGAGGCUUGACAGACACCUUCCAGAUCGCUGGCCGUCUCUAAAUUAGCCUUUUUUUCUCCCUUUCUGGUCUCUUACCUAGUUCAGACACGAAGGCCUGUUAUUCUGCCCGUUAGAGCCGCAGGCAACACAGCAAGGACCCAGGAACUGGGUUAAGUCCACACACAGGGGCUCUGGCGCUGUUAUUCUAAAUGUUAUAUUUACCGAGGCCACCAGAGAAUUCCUCUGGGCCACAGCCAAGAGCCAGCAACACAGGGAGGCAGAGAGGAGUGGAGCAAGAGGGAGAGCUUAAUGUCUCUUUUUAAAAUGUGAUGAUUCACUCUGUCUUAACUUCUCCUAGGACUCCUCUUCCUCUAUUAGGUCACAGAUAGGAACUUUUGACCAUUUCAGGCUGGUCACAUGCCUUAGCUUUAGAAGUGUGGCAUGUUACAUGCUGAGGAGUGCUUGGUGCAAAAAGCAGAUAAAACUCAGAUUUUGUGGCUCUGUUCAAAUUUUCUCAUAUUUUAGUUUUCUAGAUUUACUUAAGUCAGAUAAAAGUUUUUUUCCCAGGUAUUUAUAGACUGUUGUAAUUAAGGCUUUCAGGCAUUUUGUUUUUCCUUUUUUUUCUUUUUUGUUGUGAAAGUUGGGGUUACUGUUAUAUCCCAACACAAGACAUAAGCUAAUCCUAUUAAGAAUGUACUGUAUGUGUGUAAAAUGACAAUCUGUUCCGCUCUGUCAUUAGGUUUGAUAUGGCUUUUUGUAAUAACCUAGUGGCUCAAAAUUGCUUUUCUGUAUGUGUUCAGAGGAAAUUAAAAAAAAAAAAAAACUAACCGUUUCCUUCAUCGUUAAUGCUCCACUGCCACAUUA